CAGAAAUCUACUCAUCAGAAGUGACAGCAUAAACAGAUUUUCUUAUAUAAAUAACUGAUGCUAUCUUUACUACAAUAGUAUCACUUGUAAUCUUCAAAUAAGUUGAGUAAGAAUGGGGAACUCUUUGAUGAGAAAAUGGUUUGGACAGAAAGAAGUCAGACUGCUCAUAGUAGGUUUAGAUGCUGCUGGAAAAACAACUAUGCUGUAUAAGCUCAAAUUAGGUGAAGUCGUAACCGUUAUACCAACCAUUGGUUUCAAUGUUGAGACAGUCAAUUAUAAAAGUAUCAACUUCACUGCUUGGGACGUUGGCGGAAGAGAUAAAAUACGUCCAUUAUACAGACACUACUAUCAGAACACUGAUGCAUUCAUUUAUGUGAUUGACAGUAAUGAUAGAGAAAGGUUGGAUGAUUGUCGUGAGGAACUUCAAAAAAUGCUAGCAGAGGAAGAACUCAAAGACGCUCCAUUUUUGAUACUAGCAAACAAACAAGAUCUACCGAAUGCAAUGAGCACUCAAGAUAUCACAGAGAAACUUGAACUCCACCAAAUCAGAGACAGAAAAUGGUAUAUACAGGGAGCAAGUGCAAUAAAAGGGGAUGGUCUGUAUGAAGGACUUGACUG